AUGUCUUUCCAGUCCGAGGAGGAUCUUUCCUGCCCCGUCUGCCAUGAUGUCUUUAGGGAUCCCAUUUUCCUGUCAUGCAGCCACAGCUUCUGCAAGAUGUGUCUGAAGGACUGGUGGGCACAGAAGCUGGAACAGCAGUGCCCAGUCUGUAAGAAUAUAUCUGAACAGAGUGACCCACCCUGUAACUUGGUCCUAAAGAACCACGCUGAGGCCUACUUACAGGAAAGAGAUCCGAGUGCUUCAGUGGAGUCUGAGGUUCUGUGCAGUCUGCACCACGAGAAACUCAAACUCUUUUGUCUGGACCACCAGGAGCCAGCCUGUGUCAUCUGUCGUGAUUCGAGAGCACAUGUCGACCACAAGUUCAAACCCAUCGAUGAGGCUGUGCAGGAUCACAAGAAAGAGCUUCAGAAAUCUCUGGAACCAUUACAGGACAAACUGAAGGUCUUACAAAAAGUGCAAGGAAACUUUGAUAUAACACAGCAACGCAUAAAAUUCCAAGAUCAUCACAUAGAGAAACAAAUCAAGGAGCAUUUUAAGAAGUUUCACCAGUUUCUACACGAGGAAGAGAAGGUCAGGCUCACCGCUUUGAAGAAGGAAGAGCAAGAGAAGAGUCAGAAGAUAAAGGAGAAGACUGCGGCUUUGAGCAGAGAGAUGCCAUCUCUUUUACAAACAAUAGGAGCUGCAGAGGAGGUGCUGAGAGCUAAAGAUGUCUCAUUCCUGCAGAACUACAGAGCUACACUGAAAAGUGUCCAGCAGUAUCCCUCAACGGAUGAUCCACCGCUGGUCUCAGAAGCUCUUAUAGAUAUGGCUAAGCAUCUGGGAAACCUGACUUACAACAUCUGGAACAAGAUGAAGGGGGUGGUUUUUUAUGCUCCUGGGACUCCAAACGCUGGUCAUCCAGAACGCUCUGUCUCCGAAGAUCUGACCAGUGAGAGGCACCAGCUUCCUGACAAGCCAGAAAGGUUUUGGAUUCUGUCCACUUACGAUGCCAGCAAAGUACGAGCCAGCGGCCCCGGGCUGACUAGCAGUGUCUCUGCCACAUUUCCCGCUGAGUUUAACAUUGACGCUAAAGAUGCUGGCCAGGGCGAACUGAGCGUGCUCGUCAUGGAGCAGUGUGGUAAACAUAAGCAGGCCAACAUCCAUGACAAUGGGGACGGUACAUACCGGGUAUCAUACAUCCCCAACCGUGCUGGCUGGUACACCAUCAUUAUAAAAUAUGGAGGUGAUGACAUCCCAGCAUCACCCUACAGAGUCCAUGCCACAUCAGCUGGUGCUGCCAGCAGGUGCGCCAUGAGUGGUAUGUGA